AAACAACUUUCACUACGACAACAUCGCCGGAAACAACAACCAUACCAACAACUAUUACCACAACAUCUACGCCAGAAACUACUACGGAAAGUCCAACUCCGCCACCUACUACAACUACUGUAGUUCCUAUUAUAACUGAAGAAACAACUGUGACCACGACAACAUCGCCGGAAACAACUACACCAACAACUAUUACCACUACAUCUACGCCAGAAACUACUACGGAAAGUCCAACUCUGCCAACUACUACAACUACUGUAGUUCCCACCACAACUGAAGAAACAACUGUAACUACGACAAUAUCGCCGGAAACAACAAUUACACCAACAACUACUACAACACUUACGCCAGAAACUACAACGGAAAGUCCAAUUCCACCAACCACUACAACUAUUGUAGUUCCUACCACAACUGAAGAAACAACUGUAAUUACGACGACAACAGCUACGCCAGAAACAACAACGGAAAGUCCAACUCUGCCGACUACUACGACUGAGAUUUCUCCUACUACAAUUGAAGAAACAACUGUAACUAUGACAACAUUGCCGGAAACUACAACUACACCAACUAUUACUACAAUAUUUAUACCAGAA